AUGCACUCUCCACUAUUGGCUCCCCCAAGCAUCGUCAUCGCAAUCACCUCUCGGCUUCUAGAUCUCACCUUCUCGACCGCCAGGAACCGCUACGAGAUUCUCACAGCCAGAGAAAUGCCUCCCAAGAGGCGCGGAGCUCCCGCCAGCUCCUCCGCAGCAGCUCCCAAGCGCGCGCGCCAAUCCAAACUAGCCAAGGAGAACAAUAUCUCCGCCGAAGAGGAGAACGAAAUCAAAGAAGUUUUCCAGCUAUUCGCAGAUAAACACGAGGAUUUCCCCAAAGAGAAAGAGGGCGUCAUUCCCCGCGAAGAUGUGCGCAAGGCAUUAGUAGCCCUCGGCCUCCCGCCCUCAGACUCAACCGAACUCUCCGACAUCCUCUCCGCCCUCGACCCAACCUCAAUCGGCUACGUACCCUACAGCCCAUUCGUAUCCGUCGCAGCGGCGAAACUGCGCUCCCGCGACGACGACGCCAUGGUCGCCGAGGUAGACGAUGCUUACCAGCUCUUCACGCGCGGGUCAACCGGGCCGAUUUCGCUGGGCCAUUUGCGUCGCAUUGCGCGCGAGUUGAAGGAGGACUCUGUUGAUGAUGAGUUGCUUAAGGAUAUGAUUCUGGAAGCGAAUGGUGGUGCUGGUCUUAGUACUGGUGUUACUUUGGAACAGUUUCAUGAUGUUAUGACUCGUGCUGGGGUCUUUUAG